CAGCCGCCCGGGCGGAGCGCGUCCCGCAGCCGGCUCGUCCCCGCCGCGGCCCCGGCGCUCCCCGCAGCCCGCCCGCCCGGUGCGCAGCUCGCCAUGGCGGCCACCGACCUGGAACGCAUCUCGAAUGCGGAGCCCGAGCCCCGGAGCCUGUCCCUGGGCGGCCAUGUGGGAUUUGACAGCCUCCCUGACCAGCUGGUCAGCAAGUCAGUCACCCAGGGUUUCAGCUUCAACAUUCUCUGUGUGGGGGAGACUGGGAUCGGCAAGUCCACGCUCAUGAAUACGCUCUUCAACACGACCUUCGAGACUGAGGAAGCUAGUCACCAUGAGGACUGUGUACGCCUGCGGCCUCAGACCUACGACCUCCAAGAGAGCAACGUGCAUCUCAAACUGACCAUCGUGGAUGCUGUGGGCUUUGGGGACCAGAUCAAUAAGGAUGACAGUUACAGGCCCAUAGUUGACUACAUCGACGCGCAGUUUGAAAACUAUCUGCAGGAGGAGUUGAAGAUCCGCCGCUCCCUCUUUGACUACCACGACACGAGGAUCCACGUUUGCCUCUACUUCAUCACGCCCACCGGGCACUCCCUCAAGUCCCUGGAUCUGGUGACCAUGAAGAAACUAGAUAGCAAGGUGAACAUCAUUCCCAUCAUUGCCAAGGCUGACACCAUCUCCAAGAGCGAGCUCCACAAAUUCAAGAUCAAGAUCAUGGGUGAGCUGGUCAGCAAUGGAGUCCAGAUCUACCAGUUUCCCACCGACGACGAGGCUGUUGCAGAGAUCAAUGCGGUCAUGAAUGCACACCUGCCUUUUGCUGUGGUGGGCAGCACAGAGGAGGUGAAGGUGGGCAACAAGCUGGUUCGAGCACGGCAGUACCCUUGGGGCGUGGUGCAGGUGGAGAACGAGAAUCACUGUGACUUCGUGAAGCUGCGGGAGAUGCUGAUCCGGGUGAACAUGGAGGACCUCCGGGAGCAGACCCACAGCCGGCAUUACGAACUCUACCGGCGCUGCAAACUGGAGGAGAUGGGCUUCCAGGACAGUGAUGGUGACAGCCAGCCCUUCAGCCUCCAAGAGACCUACGAGGCCAAGAGGAAGGAGUUCCUGAGCGAGCUACAGAGGAAGGAGGAAGAGAUGAGACAGAUGUUCGUCAACAAAGUGAAGGAGACGGAGCUUGAGUUGAAGGAGAAGGAACGGGAGCUCCAUGAGAAGUUUGAGCACCUGAAGCGGAUCCACCAGGAGGAGAAGCGCAAGGUGGAGGAGAAGCGCCGGGAGCUGGAGGAGGAGACCAACGCCUUCAACUGCAGGAAGGCGGCCAUGGAGGCCCUGCAGUCCCAGGCCUUGCAUGCCACCUCACAGCAGCCCUUGAGGAAAGACAAGGACAAGAAGAAAGCCGGUGGCUGGUCUUCCAUUUACAGUGUCACUAUUCCUUGACGGAGCAGUUAUGUGCCGCUCUAGUGACGGCCCCACCAGGGAUGCCAGGCCUAACUGUGCAUCGUCAAGCCGGCGGCGGUGGCGGCGGUGACUCAUGUGGUGCCCUAGGCGUGGCCUGUGGUCUGGUAUAUACUCGCUGCAGAAUUCGCCUGGUUCCCCUUCAUUUUAAUUUUUCUAACCUAGAGCUUAAUUUCAAUAACUUUGAAACAUUUUCUAAAUUUUUAUUUUGGCACCAGUAUAAAGAAAAAUAAUAUCUAUUUUUCCCAUUAUUUUCGUAAGUAACACAGAUUCCCUGAUUUUUUUUUUUUAAACUAAAAAGAGCUCUAAACCUUCUUACGCAGAAAGCACUCCUAUGAUACACAGGGAGAGGGGAAAUAAAGUUCCUAUUCUGGCAGUGUUUGGGACUUCUUUACGGACUGAAGUGGACCCCGACCAAGACCACGCCCGGCGUUUUUACUGUGAAUGUAAAUGGAACAGCAGCCCAAAGCCCUUGUCUGUGACCUAGAGGUGCUACCUGUGACAGGGACCAAGUGCAUGUGUGUUGUGUCUGACUCCAAGUAAGCCGCCUGCUCCCAACCAGCGUGCUCAGUGGGGAGAAGGCCGUCAUGUCAAGGUCAUUGUUACUUCUUUCCUGGCCAAGUCAUGGGGUAAGGAAAUAAAGGUGUCUGAAGUAUUAGGACAAUUUGAGGUGGGGGGGAAGAGAGAGAGAAAGGAAAAAACAAAAGCCUAGCAGUGGCUAAGAGCUUCCCCUCCGGCUAUAGUUUCCAGGUGGACACUUUGAAGAAAGUGGCUGCCAGGUGUGAUGGUGCAGGCCUCUAAUGCCAGCGCUUGGGAGGGGGGAAGCCAGAGCUGGCCUCAUAAUCGAGUGAGGCAGAGGUAGAGGCCAGCUUGGGCUACAUGAGACCCUAUCUCAAAAAUAGAAUCAAAACAAGAAAAGUCCUGACAGAAUCCAUUCUGCUCUGCUCCUGGUGGUUUGCAAGCCUCAGGGUUGAAAAUGGGGUGAAAGCGAAUGUCCUUAGUGUUGGUGCAGCACCGGCCGGGCACUGGGCUCCCCAGAAGCCUCAUCCCGAGGAGCUGAUCACCCAGGGCCCGCCCACUCAUGAGAACCUGAGGGACCACACUGAUUGAUGCUGCGUUCAGUUUUUUAUGCCUCAUCUCCCUCCCAUCACCGUUUUCCCCUUUUGGCUAGGCCUGCUUCUCUUCGCCCAGGACAAGUCUGGCUUCUUCCUGUCCCUCUGAGAUGAUGGUUCAUUCAGAGUGAGAUGGAGGGGAAGGUUGUUGUGAGUCCACUGAGGCACAGCUCCCCAAAGGCCGCCUCCUGUACCUACCUGUGAGAGGCUCCAUACAGUAGGAGAAUAGUACAUGUUGGUGCUCUGAGGAAAAAUCCUCCAUGACCAGGGUGGGUCCUGGCUGCAAGGCUGGACUCUUGAACUAUUUACAAAGACUGCUUUAAGCAAAGGAAUAUAAAAUUAGGCUCAGACCUUGGAAGCCUUGUGUGCUCCGCCCCUAGUCCGCCUCUGGUCAUGGUAGAACUGAUGUUGGACUCUAGUGUCUGAGACAGAGGUGAACUGCAGGCCAGUGGCUCCUCUUAGGGAAAUUGUAUAUCUGGAGGUGUAUUCAUUUCGGUCCAAGCCUGACCUUGAGAGCAGCCUCUCCUAGCCGGUAUGUUUAGAGACUAGGAUGAGCCGGCGGGUUGUACAAGAGGAUCGCCGGCUGAUAGUCCAUGCCGGGGACUCUGGAGCCAGCAAAUUCUCCCGCUGCCACCUGCAGCUCACCAACCACAACUGGAAGGCUGCUGUGGUCAGUGCUCACCUUUUGGCCCAAAGCCUGCCAGCAUCCCUGGGGAGACCCGACUUGCAUUUUCUAGAGUCUAAGUUGCCAUCCCCCCGCCCCAUGGAUCCUGUCAGCCAUGGCAAACUUUCCCCCUGCUGUGUGGAGUUCCAUUAUCUUUAGCUGAGGUUAAAUUAAUCCUUGUUGUGCAAGAAAAACCCAAAGCUUGCCCUUGGGGGACGUGACCCUCAUGUCCAGCUGGGAUUGACUUCUCAUUUGUUGGCUCCAUGGGGACUGUCAUAGGAUCAUGUUGACAUUGGCUCUUAUGUUUUCCUUUAGUCAUUCUGUGUUGUGGUAGAAUCACCAUGUAAGUUAUGGUUCAAGCUGGACUUUUGAGAGAGAAAAGAUCCUGUUAAUAAUCAUGCCAAAUCCCUAGGCCCUCAGGAGGCUGAGGCAGGAGAAUCAAAAGUUCAAGGCCAAACUGGGCCACUUAACAAGAUCCCGUGUCAAAUUAAAAACAAAAAAAAACAAAAAAUGCUGGGCAUGUGACUCAUUGCUAGAGAACUUGCCUAGGACGAUUGGGGACUGAAUUCUCUCCCCAGCACUAAGCAAAGAAACCCAACUCGGCAGCCACCAAGCAGGUGCAUCUCAAGCCAACCAGGGUGUGUGUUCUCCCUCAUGCUGGGUGGCCUGAAUCCAGGCGCCUUGUGACUAUGCACACUGACCGCGUACAUGUUCCUGUGUGUGUGUGUGGACUCCCCUUGCUUGGGGCUCCUGCUGGGGAAGCGCCCAGGAAAGCCAGCUUGCUUGUCUGUUAUGUUACCAUGCGUUUCUAAAACCACUUCAGUUGUUAACCAUUGCCGCUCCAUCUGUCGUCGACUUGUUUCCGUUCCUUCCCAUCCACUUUGUACUCAUUUGUUUUCAUUAAAUUUUGCAUUUAUUUUGA